AUGGUUUCCAAGCUCGCCCUCGCUCUCUUCUUUGGCAACGCCCUCGCUGGCCUCACUGGCCGAGCCCUUCCUCCUCGCUGUGCCAUCGCCGAUCCCACAGCCGAGCAAGUCCAGCAUGCCCAGAACCUGAAGAAGAUCGAGUCAGUUUCCAAAGUCGCUGCUGCUUCUAUCACAGUCGACACCUACUUCCACGUUGUCUCUUCCUCUUCCUCAAAGUACAUCUCCAAGGCCAAGCUUCAAGCCCAACUCAAGGCUCUGAACGAUGCUUAUGGACCUUCGGAUGUCCAGUUCAGACUCGUCGACACAACCUUCACCACCAACGCCAACUGGGCUUCUGGUAGUGGUGAAGUUGCCAUGAAGCGUCAGCUUCGCCAGGGUGAUUACAAGACUCUCAACUUGUACUUCACCGACGUUGCCAAGCUUGACGGCAUGGAGGCUCUUGGAUACUGCUUCUUCCCUGAGCCUAACGUCUCUACCGGAUCCUCCACUUUUAUCCGCGACGGUUGCGUCAUCGUCGCUGAGACCGUUCCCGGUGGUACUGCCGCUCCUUACAAUCUGGGAGGAACUGCCGUCCACGAAGUUGGUCACUGGUUCAACCUUUUCCACACUUUCCAGGAUGGUUGCAAUGGUGGAGAUCUUGUUGCCGAUACCCCUGCUCAGGCUAGACAGACGAGUGGAUGCCCUGCUAGGAUGGACACUUGCCCUAACCAGCCUGGUGAUGACCCUAUCCACAACUACAUGGAUUAUUCUGAUGAUGUUUGUUACGAGGAGUUUACUCCUGGCCAGAAGACUCGUAUGCACUCUGCCUGGAACACUUACCGAAAGUAA